CAAGGUGGGAACACUACAAUUAUUGAAGGCAGUAAAACAUUAGAGGUGAACGUGGGAGGGUGCUACUUCCUCUAGUAGCUCCGAGCACCCACAGGAACAGAUAUGGAGGUAGCAUCAUGGCGGGUGUUGGUGGUGGUGACGCUGUUUGCUGCUUCUCACGUUGCAGCUGCUGCUGCGUCCCCGGCGUCCUCCGUCAAGUCCCUGCUGGGCACUACCCUGGGACCAGAAGUAAUGGAACAAGUGUUGGGUUGGGGCAGCCGAGAAGGGCGUGAGCGCACAAGGAGCAGCAACACUAGCACCGUGGGACGGUCCCGUGGCAAGAGAGCUCUGAUGGGGUUUCCCCCUAAAUCUAUAGUAGCUUUCUUCUUCAGGCUGUUCAUUCCUUUCUGGUCAUAUCCUCGUGUCAGGAUGACUGGGGACUUCCGAGUCGAAGUGACCUACAAGCUGCCCACUAAUUUCUUUAGAAGGAAACGUUCACUUGUCAACGAACGAUCUACCUUGUACAGCCUCCUGGGGGAUUUCCUCUCAAAGGCUGGUUUAGACGGAGAGGAGUGUAUCCUGAGGGCAGUUUGCGAUGUAGGAGAAGCACCACUGGACGAGUAUGGUCUCCUUGGAGAGAUCAUUACCCUAAUAUUUGCGCCAGGAUUCGAGGGCAAUAACCUUCAUAAGGACUUCAUGCAAGCAGAAGAGUAUGGAAGGAGCUAUGGCAACUGCUGGUCAGCCUUUCCUAACUGUCCGAUGUCUAUGAGGGAAAUGCUUCAUGAGUUCUUCCUCAAUAACGCUCAGUUUCUGACAGAAGAUGGAACAUAGUUUUCUAUAAAUGUGUGGGAUAACUAUAACAACAACUUACAUGGUGUUUUGACGCUAAUGUUUAUCUCAGGAACUUAAUGUCAGAGUUUUGAAUCUUCUGUGUUGAAGGAAGGGGAAGGAAAAUGUGCGCAAUGAUAUUUAUAAAACUUAAACCAUUCUACCCUCCCCUUUGCUCUGAAGGAAGAUGGAUACGCUCCCCUUGAUAAUAAUAAUAAUCUUUAUUUCACAAGUACAUGUACAAGGUACACAGGCCUAGCUGACGUCAGGACAUACUAUAAGAUAGAAAGCCUCUUGUUAUGCAGAGCAUUUCGGGCAAAUUAAGUCAGUUUUGUCCCAGGAUGCGACCCACACCAGUCGACUAACACCCAGGUACCCAUUUUACUGAUGGGUGAACAGGAACAGCAGGUGUCUUAAGGUAACACGUCCUAAUGUUUCCACCCGUACCGGGGGGGUCGACCCCCGGGCCUCAGUUGGUGUAAUAAUAAGAACCCCCGUGGGUUUAGCGCUCCUCGUAAAUAUAAUAACCCCGUUUAUAUGAAACCUGGUAACCACCUAUUACCCAUGGCGCUCUAUGAACCCUACAGAUUUCGUAGGUAAAUUUACCAGGUAUGAAAACCAAGGAUCCCAAUGGAAAUAAGUUACUUUGUCUGACUUUUUUUGGGGUUAUCUUAGGAAAUUUACACAUGUCACUAGGUAUGAUAACUAUACUGCACCUGUACCUUUCUGAACUUACUAACCAUGGACUUACAAAGGGCAUGUGACACUGAACCAUGAAAUCUUAUGCUCCUAUUCUUCAAGGGCUAUAUGACCCUUAUGGGUUUAGCGCUUUCCUGUAAUUAAAAUAGUCAUAUUCUUGUGCUGUGUGAACUUCGUCCAUAAUACCUGUUUCAUAUAUGUAAACUUACCCUAUCAUUAUUUUCUUAGCGUCAGUAAAGAUACAAAUAUAACUUUCUAUUAUAAAUAUAUAUAAAUAUAGCUUUCUAUUAUAUGAACUAGUCAUAUAGGAUAUGAUUAUAAAUAAGGAGCGUUGCAUAUUAAGAAAAUUGAAAUAGCAUUAUUUAAAUAAAAGAGAUCUAUAAGGAAUAAAUUUGUGUAAUAUGUCCCCUCAAGGAAGGUUCCUUGAUGUUGGUGAGGGGCUCUUGAUUUAGGGAAUUGGAUCUGUGCUCCAGUUCCCCGAAUUAAGCCUGAAUGCCUUCCACAUCCCCCCCCCCAGGCGCUGUAUAAUCCUCCGGGUUUAGCGCUUCCCCCUUGAUUAUAAUAAUAAUUGUGUAAUAUGUAGUAAGGAAUCUCGCUUGUUAAGAAAAAUCAUAUGUAUUUUGUAAUUUUAUAAAUACUGACAUUUUGUAUAAAAUGUAUUAUUCAUUGAAGAAUAUUAAAAUACAUAUAUGCCUAAAUAAAAACGAAACAUAAGAUGACCUGUCAAGGAUGGGCCAGUAGGCCUACUGUAAUGUUCCUCCAUUCUCAUGGAGUCACCGCGUAUUAAUAUUACACUUGCCUAAUAAAACCUUCAAGAAGAAAAUAGGCACAACACCGUGACUGGAACAACACACAAAUAACCCGCACAUAGGAGAGACCACGUUACAACGACGUUUUGGUUCUGACUUUGUAAAUGGUUCAAGUCGAACCGAAACGUCGUCGUAAGCUCCUCUCUCCUAUAUACCUGGUUAUUUGUAUAUAAUCCCUUCAAAUGGGUGGGGAAGGGGGACUCCUUGAUGAGAGUGAAAGGCUCGUGAGCCAAGGAGUAGGAGUUUACCUUUCCCUUUAUUUCGCUCAAAUAUAACUAACAGCAUCCGCUCCCCAUACACUGUAUGACCCCUACGAGUGUAGCGCUUCCCAAGAAUGUAAUAAUAUUGUGAUUAAUAAAGACAUGUUAGAAUGAUUCUAUAUUCCUUUGUAAAAAAAAUAUAAA